AUGGCUCGAAAAACAAGUGAAUAUAUUUGGUGGAUGUACUUUCUCUUUGUAUUGACAAUUGUUUCAUCAAUUAAAACAACCCAUGGAUGUCAAAUGGAUGGAGUUAUUAUGUGGCCGAUUCCAGUGUCUGAAAGUAUCUUAGAUACACACACUGGAUACGUGCUCGACAGAGGCACAACUGACAUCGAAGACAUCACCACAAUAAGGUACGGCGAGGGCUUAAACGCUGGACCCUACUUAGAAGUUUCCCACGCUCAGAACCGAUUCCAAAUGUGGGUUAACGAUGCUUAUAGAAACUACGAGGAGAACGAAGUCGCCCAGUCAAUGUCAAUGACCGUGACAUUCAGAUGUACCGGAGGCACAACCAAUACUCUGGUGUUUUUGAUAAACGUGAUCGAUACUAAUAACAAUGCACCACAGUUCAGGCCAAAUGACAUAUUUGAAUACGUUAUAACGACACCUCUCGCUCCCGGCUUCCUUGUAACGGGCUGCUUCAAUAACAUUGUCGUCAGAGACAUAGACCUUACAACGCAAAGAAUAGAUUUCGGAAUCGAAGAAAAUCCAUAUAUUGACAUCGCAUAUGAUUCCUCGCUUUCCACAACACCAAAAGAAUUUAAGGCCGUUCUAAGAACUAAAACCUUCAUUAGAACGAUACCUGAACUUCUCACACUUCAAAUUAGCGCAACGGACGUAGAUUUGACUGGAGACCCUCCCAGAACAACAUACGCCACGGUGCAUAUCAAGAGUGAUCCAGAAUUCGAAUUCCCUGAGGAACCGGUAUUCUCUCGAGCAUUUUAUUUGGCGAAUUACGAUGAAGGGAAAAUUACACAUGAUGCUAUAUCUUUGAGACAAGGCUUCGAUGACCAAGUCCAGUUUUCUCUAGACGGUGAUUACGCAACUAAUUUCCAAUUGAACCAAAACGGUAACCAAAUAACUUUAACUGUUAGAACACCACUAUCUAAUAUAGACGUGAGUCAAAUUUUACUGAUUGUCAAAGCCGAAAGGGAAUAUACGAGCGGAGCAUCAGCCACGGUCAUAGUGCAAUUACCUGAAGAAGUGAAUUUGGAAUUUGAAAGGGCUCACUAUAGUGGACAGAUCGAGAACAACAUCUUACGGCUGUCACAGCUGACACUAAUACAAGGCUUUGAAGGGUCCAUUUCCGCUCGAGUUAUUGGCGAACACGCAUCAUACUUUAGCGUUACAGUACAAGGAAAUUCUGUGACAAUAACAAUGGCCCCUCUAACAGAAAAUAUUAUUCGAGACAACAACUUUAUUUAUUUAGAAGUCAUAGUUUCCGCAGAGCGUGGCUUAGGCUCUGCAGUUGUUACAUUAGAAAUUAUAAAGGAUGAUAAUACGACACCAGUUUUUAGUAGUAAAAUUUACACGGGAAAUUAUGACGUCGUCAAUGGACUAAACAUAGAGCCUAUAUAUUUCGUCCAAGGAUAUGAUGAUUCAGUAUCAUUAAAAUUAGAUGGAGAUUCCUCUGAAUUGUUUGAAGUAGAAAGAGACGGUGCUAUCAUAAAGAUUACUUCUUCAGCGUUACCAGUAGAAAUACAUAGCCGAUCGAAUUUAAUUCUCUCAUUAGAAGCAACUAAACCAAGAACUGUUGGAGCGAAUGCAGCAAUUGUUAUCAAUCUUCCUGAAGAACCCAGUGAUGGAAUGAGUCUCCUCGGAUUUGAGAGGGUCACAUACGUGGGAUCCAUAGAAGACAACACUGUAGCUCUGGACUCAAUAGCUUUGACGGAAGGCUUCUCAACCAGCGUUUCCUUUACUUUGUUUGGCGAACUCGUUGAUUUCUUCACCGUGACGGCGUCUGGUUCUACUGUAACGAUCGGGUUCCAUAGGACCAUCCCAGAAGAUUUGAUCCCUACUAACCGAGUUAUUGUCCUAGAGCUCCGAGCUUCAGCCCCACAAGCCGUGUCAGCUUACACUACUAUCGUUCUUACAAUCGCUAGGGAUGAGGAUUCGGCAGCUCCAGUCAACGAUCUUGUUUUUGCUUCACCACAUUAUACUGGAUCGUAUAGCGAAAUGAGUGGUUUGGUAUUCGAAACUCCCAUCUCUUUGUCUCAGGGAUACGAUACCGCAGUUCAAUUUUCAUUAGAAGGAGAUAAUGCGCAAUGGUUUAGCCUAAUCCAAAAUCAAAAUUCAGUUUCGUUGACAUUAAGGACUCCAAUACCGACAGCAGUUAUUGCUAACAACCGUAAACUCAUUUUCUCUGUCGCUGCACAAAGACCUGGCAGUAUCACGAUAAGAACCACAAUCAUCAUUUCCCUGAUCGACGAACCCAGUGAUGGAAUGAGUCUCCUCGGAUUUGAGAGAGUCACAUACGUGGGAUCCAUAGAAGACAACACUGUAGCUCUGGACUCAAUAGCUUUGACGGAAGGGUUCUCAACCAGCGUUUCCUUUACUUUGUUUGGCGAACUCGUCGAUUUCUUCACCGUGACGGCGUCUGGUUCGAUUGUAACAAUCGGGAUCCAUAGGACCAUCCCAGAAGAUUUGAUCCCUGCUAACCGAGUUAUUGUCCUAGAGCUCCGAGCUUCAGCCCCACAAGCCGUGUCAGCUUACACUACUAUCGUUCUUACAAUCGCUAGGGAUGAGGAUUCGGCAGCUCCAGUCAACGAUCUUGUUUUUGAUUCACCACAUUAUACUGGAUCAUAUACCGAAAUAAACGGCUUAGUGUUUGAUACGCCAAUCUCUUUAUCUCGGGGUUAUGAUGAAAUGGUUAUUUUUUAUUUGGAAGGAGAUAAUACGCAAUGGUUCAACCUGGUAAAAAAAGAGAAUAUUAUUUCCCUAACGUUAGCGAUGCCGAUACCCUCAACGGUCCUCGCAAACAACCGAAAACUAAUUUUUAAUAUCGCAGCACAAAGACCUGGCAGUGUCACCGCGAGGGCCACAAUCAUCAUUUUAUUAUUAGAGGGUGAAGAGGUACCAUCAAAUGAAUAUUUCGAUAAAGUUCUUUAUGAGGGUCUGAUUCAGGGAAAUAUUGUGCGGCACGAGCAGAUAAAUGUUUUUGGGUUUCUCGGAGAGAACAUUCGAUUGAUUGGAGAGUAUGCAAGUCUAUUCGGCGCGAACGUUAACAAUGGUGUCAUCACUAUUCAGUUAUCCGGAUCGAUACCAGUGCCGACUGACGUCACACUCAUAGCCCUAGAGCUGCAUGCUUUAAGCGCAAGAUCAGUGCUACUACUUACAGUGGAAUCUACAGAAAACCCGAAUCCGCCUCUGGUUGUUUUCGGGUCGUCGUCCUAUGCUCUGCGCGUCGACAUUACCCGGACCGGUCUCAUCGGUCGUGUUCAUGCAAGCGCCGAUAAUGGAGAAGCGGUCACCUAUUCGCUCCGAACUGAAAACGUUCACUUGGUGGAUCGUUUGUCAGUGAACAACGACGGUGAAUUGCAUCUGUCCGCGCCCGCUAACUCCGGGGUUUACACUUUCGAAGUUGUCGCUACUACAGUCUUCACACGGGCUUCAGCUCUUGCUACAGUACAUUUGACAGUUGAUGCAGCAACGAUAUGCGGUGAUGAUCUUGUUAUGCCGCCUCUUUUAGUUAUAGACAGAGAUGAAGAAUCACCUCACCGCGAUUUAGUUGCUUUAAACCCAGAGAAACACGAAGGAUGUCGUUACACCUUAACAAACCGGUGGCCGGUCGACCAAACUUGGCUAUAUGUUGAUGAUACAGGACUACACACAAGAGCCAUCGACAGAGAACAUGAAUCUAUAGCGUUUAUGAAAGUAUCACAAGUACAAGUUGAACUUAUCCUUCAUUGCGCGAACGAUAAGGUCCGAUCGAAGCGAUCUAUUGACCAAAAGACAAAUUCUGUUGACGAUUAUGGGUCUAAUCAUUGGAUACUAACAGAUUCGAUCCUAUACAACUCUAGGCGUAGUUUUGUGAAUUUGAUCGUGAAUGAUAUAAAUGACAAUGCACCCGUGUUUGUUGGAAAGGAAAAUGAACCGAUCGCUGUGGGCUACCCGAUCUCCGAUUUAGAAGAAGUCUUGCUACCACGCUCUUUGGCCGAGUUAAAGGCCUCGGACGCAGAUAUAGGCGAGAAUGCAGUCCUUCGUUACUGGAGCCAUGAACCCGCGGUGGUGGUUUCUCCUACAACAGGAUUUGUUCACGUACGCUCCGGAGCUCGCCUACAAGAUAACCAAGAGCUUACAGUGCACGCUACAGACAGAAACGGAGAAGGACUCACCGGACAUAUAAAACUACUUGUGAAAUUACUGGAUGUGAACAACAUAGCGGUUGUUACAGUUCAGAAUUCAUUCCUAGAUGAUGAAAUAAAAAUUAUUUCACAACUAAGCACCGGUGUUGGAUACGAAGUUAAAGCACUGAGGUCCGAUAUAAUAUCAGAUGCCGCCCAACCUAGCGACGACACAAGGAAGGAACGUGAUGCGGGUGUGGCUGGUACUACCAUGCAGCUCUAUAUUUAUGGAUUAAACGAACGGGAACCGGUUUCAGUGGAAAGACUAAUAACUGACAUAAAUAACAUUGCAAUCAUCGUGGACAUCGUGGCGAAUGCCAUAUCUCUUGAAGAUCAUCUAGAAGGUCGAGAGAUAUGCGUCAUUGCGGAACGUGAUACCGGCUUGUUGAUCGCGUGCAUACUCCUUAGUAUCCUGCUCUUCAUAAUAAUAGUUGUAGCUGUUGUCUGGUCCAUACUUAAAAGAAGAAAAAGUCCGCAUUAUUCACAAUUCAGUGACAAAAAUAGCAUAGCGUCACGAACUAACUCACUGGGUCAGCUACCGAAAACGGAAGCAGAACAAAAGCCGAGACUUUAUAUAGAAGAUUUAAGAAAAAGUGAACGAAAACUUCAGGAAAUAUUAGAUGCUCCUCCUCUUGAGGAAGUUAAAGCCUCGGCAUCGACAGAAAAACUGAGUGAGCCUCCAACAGAAUCAAUAAUAGAUAUACCUGUAAUGGAACCCAGCUUGCCCAUAGUAAUUCAAUCAAUAGAUAAACUUAAAGAUGCAACGGAUGAAUCUGAUGACGAUGAAUUUGGCGAAAAUAAAAAGAACAGAAGAAAAUCUGUAGUAACCUUCAACGAAAACGUUGAAAAGAUAAUUCAUGUGGAAGAUGAUGAUGAUUCUACCUCGGUUCCGGGGUACGAGAUUUAUAAAUUAUAA